AUUAUACCGAGUAACCUCAGAUUAUGACGGAGCAUGGUAUUUAUUGCACUAGGGCGAACGGAAUAAAGCUUUUUAAACCUUCGGAAGUUCGGAGGAUUCUAUACAUCUUUUGUAUUUUGUUAUGGACGAUAAACUCAUUUGCGAAUGGUUUCAAUAUACUAACAUCCGGAACGGAAUUUAUACGACAACCUAAUGAUUCAGCAGCCACAUCGGACGGUCCUGCAUUUUUUGGAUACGAUUUCGUCAUGAAUUCCGAGGGCCAGGAGAACCCAAAAGAUAUAUCAUUUAUAAUUGGUUCGCCUAAAGGAGGAAUUGCAUUGGAUCCCUGGUUUAUACCUGGAGUCACACCAACGCAGCAACUGGAAGAUAACCCCAAUAAACCUGGCGACCUUUUCUCGUGUGGAUUUUCUUCUACUGGUGGAGAAUCCAAUUGCAAAUCAAUUAAUCCAGCUAACGAUGUACCUGAUGAUCCAGCUCUGAUGAUAGAUGGUGAUUCAAUGGGAUUAAAACUUGUUAAACAGAAUCCCGAGUCUAAUGAUUUAAUUUCUUGCGCUCCACUCCGUGUAAGAAACUGUACUUCUGAUUAUCUCACACAAGGUGUAUGUUUUACAAGUAAAGAUGGCGGGAAGAAAUGGUCAAAAGAAACAAAACAAGCGUCAUUACAAUGUCCAGUACAAAUGAUGGACCUCAUUUUCGUUUUGGAUGGAUCAGGAUCUGUGACAAGUAGCGAUCCCGGAAACUUUGAUAUGGUUAAAACUUGGGUGAAAACAGUAGCUGGAAAGUUUGAUUUAACUGAAUUUGCACAUGUUGGAGUUAUUCAAUACUCUCAUUGGUAUAAAGGAAGAGACGAUCAGCCUUACAUCAAAACAGAAAUUGCACUCGGACAACAUUCAAAUCAGCAAGAUUUUGAGGAAGCUGUCGACAAAAUAAUGAUCCAAGGAUACACGACAUAUACUGCUCACGCUAUCAAUAAAACUGUUGAUGAUUUCAUGGAUUCCGAACGAUUCAACGACACAGCUGCCAAAAAAGUUUUGAUUUUACUGACUGAUGGAAGAUCAAACGAUGUUGUGGAUCUACCAGUUAGUGCCGAAUACGCUCGAUCACUUGGAAUAACGGUUUUCGCUGUCGGAGUAGCAGGAUACAGUGAAAAGGAACUUCAGAUCAUUGCCACUGGUGAAGUUGGAAAUAAUCAACGAGUUUAUGGUUUACAGAAAUUUUCUGAUCUUCAACAGAUUGUGGGUUCAUUGCAAAAAAGUAUCACUGGUAUCUUAGAAGGAUCUGUGAGUGGGAAUGAAACCAACGAUUUACAGAAUGCAGAGACUGGUCUUGGUGGGACUUUUGGCAAGGUGAGCGUAAUGAUAAUGCCCGGUGUAAACGUGCAUGAAAGUAUAAUUUUGUGUGAGAUAUUAAUUUUGUGA